AUGAAUAAGCUUAACAAGUUUGCCAAAUUAACUUGCCAGCUCACUCAUUGUAAAGACAAGGCCAAGUACUUCGUGCCUUCCUUCUCACAUUAUAUCUGCGGAGGGUGCAAGCAAACCAAAUUCUUUGACGAAGAGGUCAUCUUUCUGUCUGAUCCUGAAGAAGUCAAGAAGGCUUUGCAGUAUGUUGAAUACAGCAUUCAUUCAGUAAAUGUUUGCAUGAUGCAAGAACCCAAACUCAAAAACAAAUGGAGAGCAUUGCUUGAGUCUCUCGAAGCCUUCAAGCAUAGAUAUGGACAAAGCAAAGUAGCUUUUGACAACAUAAUCAAGAACCAACAAUGGCCUAAGCUUAGCAAAGUUCUAGAUGAACUCAAUUCCAUUCAGACAGAUUGGAAGGCCAGUGAGAUAUUCUGUGAGUUCCUUCACUAUGAGAGACAAGAGAGUGUCAGACUCAAGUGCAAAGGAGUUAUUGUACAGAGUCUGACGAUGCAAGAAAACGUCAUUCUCAAAGCACAAAUAGACACACUUCAAAGAGACAAAGUUAUUCUCGAACAAAAACUGUACAAACAGAAUUGAUGAGCUCACUGCUCUGAAGGAUGACAUUACAGCUGAAAAAGACGAUCUAGCCAGAGCCUUGAAGCAUCUGAUACUGAAGUCACUGAUCUGAAGAAUAGCAACACAGAGCUUGAAACCACUCUCUCAAACUGUCAGUGAGAGAAAGCACAAUAUUUGGAACAGUUCGAGACUCUGAAAGAUCACUGUGAAGAACUGAAAGAUCUUGCCACAAAUUCUCGUAAGAUUGCAGAAAAUAUUGGAGACAAAGUUGACAAGAUGCAAGAAGCCCAAAACCAUGUUCAGACCACUAAAGAUUUUAAACUACCCAAAGAGAAUCCCAAGUCAGUCGAAGGAAGGAAUAAAGAACUGAAAGGCUCUGCUGAUUUGUUGUCCAGGCUCAGAUUUGAUGAAGGAAUUGCUUCUGAGGCACUCAAAGACCCUAGAUUCAACCAAUACUUGGAUAAUAUUCUUAAGUCUAAAACUUUCUCAUGCUCACUAGGAAAUGUGAAUCACGGCAAACUGUUUUCACUUCUUACAAAACAAUCUUCCCAGCUGCUGGAGAAAGUUGAAUUCUGGGGAAUAGGAAGAGUUGAUGCAGCCAGCGCGAACUUAUUCCUCCAGACCUGUAUUCCCUCUUCUCUGCAGACUCUCUCCCUCAACUUCUACAAUGGAACCUCCAACUCCUCAAUAACCCCCUACUUGGCCUCAGUGCUGGCUCUGAUGACCAAGGUGACCUCCAAGUUAACUUUGUACAAAGUGAAGAUUAAGAAGUCUGAGAAGAAAAUGAUCGACCAGGCUUUUGGUGCUGUUGAAGUUGAGUAUGACUGUAAGGUGUUUUAUCAAAAGUUAGAUAUUUCUCUAGUUUUGAUCUUAGGUUAAUGUUUUCUUAUAAUUUCCUCACUUCUUGUGAGAGCAGAAUAUCAAAUUCAUAUCCUACGGAGGAAUGAAAUAGACCCAAUUCUAUUUAACUGAUGUCAAUCCAUUGAUGCUCAAACUGACAAUCUUCAUGAUCGAUACUUUGGUAUUGCUCUGUGUUAAUGCUGUCUGCAUAUGAUUAGUUAACUCGUUAGUUUUAGAGUUUGUAGAAACAACUCUGAUAUUGGCAAUCUGAAUUCUAGACCUAGUUUUGUGAUUUUGUGGGCUCUUGUUCAUCUGGGGUUCACUUCCAGAUUGUAGUUCUUUAUUUGAAGCAUUUCCUGAUCAUUUGUUCCAUUAGCUUGAUCAUCCACUUGAGUAAGGGGAUUAUUGCUUCUCCAUUUCUUUACCUUCUCUAUAUCCUUUUUAAUACAGCUUUCCUCAUCAGCAUCAGCAACAAUUUUUCUAGCUAAUCCACUUAGUAAUUUUUUGCUGCCAAGUUUCUUUGCUAUUUAUACUCCUACAAAUCACUUAUUCUCAGACACUUUCCUCCAUCCUUUCUUGUCCAACUUAUAUCUUAGGGGUGUUGAGAUUAUUUUUCCAUCUUCUUUUUGAGCUCUUAGAGGGUGAUAUUUCCAGGCAGAGUUUUUAUUUCGCUUCGAUAAUAUCUUCAUAGGAUCUAUAUAAUAGUUUCCUUGCUUGCGUUCUCCUAAAGAAGUUUGAGUACCACUCUCUAUGUCCAGAUUAGUUUCUCUCAAAGUAAUAUCCUCUAGUAUUUCUUUUCUUGCCAUAAGUUGGUAUUAGUUCAACUCUCCAAUCAUAAUAUGAUCCUCCACUUGUGAAUCUCCAAUCUUUAACAAUGGUGAAUCCUUUGCGGAACUGUUUCAUACCUUCUCUCUUUUGAGUGUGAUGAGCUACUAAAUGUAAUCCCUGUUUAGGACAUCUUGCUUUGUUAUGAAAUUCACUUUCUUCAAAGGCAUCUUUACAGUCAGUGCAAGCAUUUUCUUCCGGUCUUCAUCUUUAAAUUCUUUUCUUAAUAUUUCUUCACUAUUUUAUUUAAUAUUUUCUCAUUUUCUUCCUUUUCUCAAUUACUUGUUGGGCACCUAUUUUGCUGCUCUUUUUAUUGCAAGUCAUUUACUUCUCGUAUAUAAAAUCCAACUCUUGCACAUUCUUAACAAUGAUUUCCAUGGAUUCAUAGAUAUUUUCCAUCACCAUGUCUGAACUGUUCUUUAUUGUCACCCUGAAAUCUUCAGAGGAUGCUUUAUUUGUGACUAAUUCAUCUAGCAUCUUGUAAUGCUUAUCAAUAAGCAGUAGCAUUCUCUCGUGCAGUUAGCCCAUUACUCAGCCAUAUUAUGUUAAUAUGACUGUAAGGCAUUUGAUGAGGGAAAGUCACCUUUUUGUUUGGGGAGUGUCGAGGUACUUAACGGGUAACAGGAAAUCCAGUUCAAG